AUGGAUUCUGCAAGGGGUGUGGGUGGUGUUGUAGCGGGGACUGUGCUAGUUCCCAUGCGGUUCGUGUGGCCGUAUGGGGGAAGAAGUGUGUAUCUCAGUGGUUCUUUCACUAGGUGGUCUGAGCUUCUGCAAAUGUCACCGGUGGAAGGUUGCCCAACUGUGUUUCAAGUUAUCCAUAGCUUGGCCCCUGGUUAUCAUCAGUACAAGUUUUUUGUUGAUGGAGAAUGGCGGCAUGAUGAGCACCAACCUUAUAUAUCCGGAGAAUAUGGGAUAGUUAACACUGUAUUAUUGGCUACUGAUCCUAAUUUCAUACCUGUUUUACCUCCCGACAUGGUUUCUGGAUCUAACAUGGAUGUGGACAGUGAGACUUUUCGGCGUGUGGUGCGAUUGACAGAUGGUACAUUGAGUGAAUUGAUGCCGAGAAUAUCAGAGGUUGAUAUACUGACCUCACGUCAACGUAUUGCUGCAUACUUGUCAAUGCAAACAGCUUAUGAAUUACUUCCUGAGUCAGGCAAGGUUGUUACCUUGGAUGUUGAUUUGCCAGUGAAGCAAGCAUUUCACAUACUACAUGAGCAGGGAAUUCCCAUGGCUCCUCUUUGGGAUUUCAGCAAGGGACAGUUUGUUGGAGUUCUCAGCGUUUUAGAUUUUAUUUUAAUUUUAAGAGAGCUCGGGAAUCACGGGUCCAAUAUGACAGAAGAAGAGCUUGAAACACAUACCAUAUCAGCUUGGAAGGAAGGAAAAUGGACUGUAUUCUCAAGACGUUUUAUCCAUGCAGGGCCAUAUGAUAAUUUGAAAGAUAUUGCUCUGAAGAUUCUGCAAAAUGGAAUUUCAACAGUUCCUGUUAUUGAUUCAUCUUCUGAAGACGGUUCAUUUCCACAACUACUGCAUCUUGCUUCACUUUCGGGGAUCCUUAGAUGCAUUUGCAGGUAUUUUAGGAAUUGUUCUAGUUCAUUGCCUAUACUUCAACUUCCAAUUUGUGCAAUUCCCGUGGGCACAUGGGUGCCCAAAAUUGGGGAGUCAAAUCGCCGGCAUCUAGCAAUGUUGAGACCAAAUGCUUCUCUUACUUCAGCCCUAAACUUACUAGUUCAAGAUCAAGUAAGUUCAAUACCAAUAGUUGAUGAUAGUGACUCUUUACUGGAUAUAUAUUGCCGGAGUGAUAUAACAGCUUUGGCAAAAGACAGAGCUUAUACACGCAUUAAUAUCGAGGAAAUGACCGUUCAUCAAGCAUUGCAGUUGGGCCAGGAUGCUUUUAAUCCCAAUGAGGCGAGAAGUCAAAGAUGUCAGAUGUGUUUGCGAACUGAUUCUUUGCAUAAAGUGAUGGACCGCUUGUCAAAACCAGGUGUCCGGCGGCUUGUUAUUGUUGAAGCUGGCAGCAAGCGCGUAGAAGGCAUCGUAUCACUGACCGACAUAUUUAAGUAUUUCCUUUGUUAG